CCUCCCGUGCCCUGCCUUUCUGUUAUAGUCGCUCAUCGAAAAGAUAAAUUUAUCUCGUGCAAUUAAAGCACAACAAUAAAACGAAAAUCGAUUAGCGCACUUCAAAUAAUGUCUCAGUAGUGUUUCGUCUAAUCAGAAGACCCGACAUAUAUGUGACCAUGGAAUUCGUGAAAUAUUUUUCCAUUUUAUUUAUUGUCGCGGUGAAUGUAUCUUGCAAGCGACAACCGAUUGUGGUGAAUACGUGGAAUUUUACAAACGCUACCAUCAAAGCAUGGGACGUUGUUUAUCGCCAGCAACGAUCAGCCAUUGACGCUGUGGAGGAAGGUUGUUCCGUUUGCGAAGUGGAACAGUGUGACGGAAGUGUGGGCUAUGGUGGUAGUCCGAGUGAAGAAGGUGAAACGACACUAGACGGCAUGAUCAUGGACGGUAAAACGAUGAAUGUGGGCGCUGUAGCCGGCCUUCGUUACAUCAAAGAAGCAAUUUCUGUCGCACGACACGUCCUCGACUAUACCAAGCACACCCUGCUGGUUGGCGAUCAAGCGACUGAAUUUGCAGUUAAAAUGGGAUUCCAACACCAAUCACUGUCGACACCGAACAACGAGCAAAUAAUAAACGAUUGGAAAGCACGAAAUUGCCAACCGAACUACUGGCGAAAUAUGCUGCCAUCGCCGGAAACGGCCUGUGGGCCAUAUGAGAAAGUGUCGUCGUCGAUUCAAGACAUUCGGGUUCUUUCGCCACCAGUCGAUGAACACAAUCACGACACCAUUGGCAUGAUUGCAAUCGAUGGAAAUGGGAAUGUAGCUGCUGGAACAUCAACGAAUGGAUUGACAUAUAAAAUUCCUGGUCGGGUAGGCGACUCUCCGAUUCCAGGAAGUGGUGCCUACGCUGAUAAUAGUGUUGGAGGAGCCGUUGCGACCGGAGACGGAGACGUCAUGAUGCGAUUCUCGGCUUCAUUUCUAGGAGUCGAAUUUCUUCGGAAUGGUUACACACCGCAACAAGCUGCCGACAUGGUAAUCGCUAGAAUAGGCAAAUAUUAUCCCGAAAACAGUGCCGCAAUAGUUGUCGUCGAUGUGGACGGGAACUAUGGAUCGGCCUGUCAAAUCUUCAGUUCAUUUCCGGUGUCCAUUUACUAUUCUGAGCUGGAUGAGGUGAAGGUGGAGACGACACGUUGCCGGCAAAUUGGUGACGAGCCGAAUGGAAGUGUUUAUUGGACCGUCAGUAAAGCGCUUUGGGUCGUGGUUGGAAUGGCAGUUUGCAAGAAUUUUGUGAGAAUUAGUUAAGAAAUUUAGCUUAAGACAAAGUGCUGUUCAUUGCGCACUUGGCUUUGUCAUUACUUCGACGCUUCAUUCAAUAAAUUAACAUUUUCAUGA